UGAUUAGUUGAGCGGCUUAAUCCAGAGUCGAGGGGAGUUCCAGAAGCAACUAUGGUCUCAGAUGGAAGCCAGCUGCAGAUUCCGAGGGUUGACUUCCGCGGGCUGUCGCCGAGCAGCCCCGGCGGCGAUCGUUGGGGAGCUGCUCGCGAGGAGGCGAUGUCGGCCUUGGAUUCCUUCGGGUGCUUCGAGGCCAUCUACGAUGCGGUGAGCUCGGACACCAACGAUGACCUCUUCCUCAGGGCGCUGCCGGAGCUGUUCGAGCUUCCGACGGAGACCAAGAUGAGGAACAAGUAUGCCGGAAUGCCUUACGACGGCUACAUAGGCCAGAUCCCGAACCUGGCAUUCGAUAGCUUGCGAAUUGAGGAACCGCUCAGCCUCCACACCGUCCAGCAGUUCACCUCCCUCAUGUGGCCUGACGGGAACCCCACCUUCAGCAACGCGAUCGGGACAUUUGCUAAGCAAGUCCAGGAGUUGGAGCACAUGGUUGUGAGGAUGAUCCUACAGAGUAUGGAUGUCGAGAAGUACUAUGAUUCCCUUGUCGAAUCACUUACCCAUGGCGUUCGGAUGUCAGAGUAUGGCAUUCCAUUCGAUCAGGAAACAAAACUUUCACUAAACGAGCAUGUCGAUCCCACCAUGAUCACCAUAGUCACUCAAUAUCUAGUAGAUGGCCUGGAGGUGCAGACAAGGGACGGGAAAUGGAUCCGGGUGGAGUCCCAGCCGAACUGCUUCAACGUCAUGCUCGGCGAAUUAUUUCGGGCUUGGAGCAACGGGAGGCUGCAUGCUCCCCUUCACCGUGUCAGAGUUACCGGCGACCAAACAAGAUACUCUUUGAUUUUCGGUUGCCGGCCAAAGGAUGAAAUCAUGUUUGAAGGACCAAAAGAGCUGAUCGACGAAGAGCAUCCUUUACGUUUUAGGCCUUGCAAAUAUCCUGAGUACAUACGCUUCCGCUACUCUGCUGAAGGAGUGAAACUUGAAGAUCCAUUGCAAGCUUAUCUUGGAGUUGAGGAGCAACAGGUGGAUGCGCGAAUGCCUUCUGCCAAAUAAUAACUUGAACUUGACUUUUGUCCUAGCUUUAUCCUGAUAAAGUUCUUCAUGGAGGAUGGAUCUAUAACCGUUUAUCAUGACUUUUGUUCAUCAAAUGCUACUAUUUGUGUACGCAAGGAUGAGAUCCAUAACUUAGGCUGCCUGUUAUGAACGUCCUUCCUGAUUUCUUCUAGCGAUUGAUGAAAACUUUUUAUGGACUCAACCGGUCGUCCAAUUUGGUAUUAUCUGAUUCA